ACCUUCGAGAAGGGAAAGCCCAAAAGCAGACAAGGAUUCCCUGUCGCUUUCGUCAAUACCCACAAUCCCUUUUUGUCAUUUCUCUUUUAAAUCACCAAACUUUCAUCACCUUCUUUAAUUUCCACUAACUGCUGCCGGGCUUCUCAUCCCGAUAAUGGCGGUCUCGGCCUUCAAAUCUGCCACCAGGAGGGGCGGCGCCGCCAACUCGUCAUCGUCUGCCGGGAGGGAGCCGCCGCCGGAGAAGAAGCCCGGGCUUCCCAGGAGGUCCAGGAGCGUCAGUGCCUUCUCCAGGAGCAGCAAGGUCUCGGAUUUCUCGAACAAGCGGGACAACCCUCUGUUCUGCAGUGGUGACUCCUCCCCGCCGGAGGGCAAUGGGGCAUCCGCUGUGCCCAAGAAGCUGAAUGCAGACGGCGACUGGAGCAAAGUCGAGCUGAAUCGGGUCGGUGGGUCGAAACCGGGAGGCGGGAAUCGCGGGGUUGGCAGUCUUGGUGAUGAUAGGAGGGGGAGGUCGACUUCGAGGAGUUCGGGGAAGCCAUCGGAGACUGGCCGGAGCGUGUCGAGGGGUCGGGUCCGCUCGGUGUCUCAGAGGCCGGUCUCGAGGGGACAUUUCGUGAGCUCCGAGAGUGAAGUUGAGCAGGAAACCAGUCCCAUGAGGAACUACAGAAACAGGACCGGCUUAGAUUUAAUGAGAAGCAGUAUAGAAAGUGUUGAUCCGGGCCAAGUGAAAGCUCUUCGAACGUGGUCUAGUCAACAUCCACCUGUCGAGCCAUCUACUGAUUCUGCAAGUCGGUCUCGUCUGGAAUUUCCAAAGUGGGAAGAUGGACACUCAGCAGGUUCUUUCUCCGAAGUGGAAGAGAAGACUAUAAAAGCAGUCUGCGAACAAAUGAAGUCAGUACAAGAGCAGCACUUGGGAGAGCAGCCCACAAAUACAAGUAUAUACGAAACUGUCAGAUCUGAAGUGAGGCAAGCAAUCUCUGACAUUCAAAGUGAUCUAGAAAGUUCUAUUAGAAAGAAUAAUCCCACUGCUAUUGCAAGCUCAGACAUUGUGGAUAUCCCUCCUGAUCUAGUAAAUCCUGGUGCUGUUGAGCUUGUUAUGGAUAUCAGAAGUGAAUAUGCCAAAAAGCUUGAGCAGUCCCAGGAACGAGCUAGAAAAUUACGAGCAGAUCUUGCUGUUGAGGAGCAUCGAGGGGAAGAACUGAGCAGAAUCCUGAAGGAAAUUCUUCCUGACCCUAAGGCAUCUAAUUCCCAAAAGCCCCGUCCUGCAAGAAAAGCGAGCAUUGAACGAAGAAAGAUAUCAAAACGCUUGACAGAAGAGGCCAUGGCAUACUUCGAUGAGUGCGUUUCCCUGUCAACUUUUGAUAGCUCAGACUUCUCAUCACCAGAGGACCCACCGCUUAGACUUGUCGGAGAUAACAAACCCGUUGUCAGUGAGAAUGAAUCAGUGCUCGGAGCUGAUUCAACUAUGACAGCGACGUGUGAUGUUAAUCAUCGCUUUAACAGUAGCCAGGAUUUACACCAGAAUGCUCAGUUCAAGUCAAGCUGCGAGCAUUCAAGUCUAAGAAUGGCUGCUUCUGAUUACAUGAACUCGGAUCCUGCCAGCUCAAGCAGCACCACUGCAGAAGGUCGGAAGUGCCAGUUUUCGUUUUCUGGGAGGCCAAACUCGUACUCCAAUCUUCAACAGGACAUUAGAAAGUACAUUAAAACCCUAGAGACUGAUCCCAUAAAUGAUGAUCAUAUACCCAGGAGUUCAAGGAAGAGCCAAUACGAGGUCGAUGGAUAUGACAUACAGGCUUCCAUGCAGGGCCUUCUGUUUGACAAAGUUAUACAUAAGAGCCAAGUCGAGUCGGGAAGCUUACUUCUUUGUGGUGGAGGUUUUUCUUCGAUCCAGUUCUCUCCAUUCGGUUCCAUUAUCUGAAAAAUUUUGCCGGGUUACUUCAGAGGAUGUAUAUAGGAAAUUUACUGAACACAGAUGCUUUCAUAGCUAUAUACAAAAAUAGGGAAACACGAAAUACGACAAGCUACGCUUAUGUUUAUAUGGUUGUAUUUAUUUGUAAUGAGCCUGCUAUGAAAAGCCCUACUUUGUGCAUUAAGAGCAUUAUGGGCAAAUUUACAGUGUA